ACGUCUUCCCCGUUCCCACUUCCCACCGCCUUCCCACUGCCGCUGCCUAUAUAUACUCCAUCUCUUCAUCCAAGCAAAGCAAAUACUUAUUUACCAAAAAAAAAAAGGACUUCUCUUCGUUGCGAUCCACGGUCAGCUUUCUAUCGGAUCUUCCCUAAUUUCAUUCUCGCACGUCGCUGAUGAUCGAUUUGGAGCGGAAAACAGGAAAUAUGGCAACAACCGGGAUACCCGCUAGAUCGCACAGAAAUCCAUGCCUCUCCGCUACCUCUUCACCACAAAUCCAAGGCGCCUCCGCUACUUGCGCUUACGAGCAGUACCUCCUCCUUCCAGAGCUCUCCAAGCUCUGGAACUCCAAAAAUUUCCCCGGGUGGAAGAACGAAUCCAUCCUCAAACCGACCCUGCAGGCCUUGGAGAUCAGCUUCCGGUUCAUCUCUAUCACCCUAUCGGAUCCGCGGCCAUAUGCGAACCGCCGGGAGUGGAAGCGGCGGCUCGAGUCCCUUGCCGCUCGGCAGAUCGAGCUCAUCGCCACCCUCUGCGAAGAGGAGGAGCUCGGCCGCGGGGUGCCGGUGGCGGAACUCAGCUCAUCCAGGGGGGUCUUGUCUCGAGAACAGAGCUCUCAGGAGGUCUGGCAGCUCCCUGGGACGUCCACCGUCGUAAGCCGCACGAGCGCGGCGAGCCUGCUUCCGAGGCUAGCCAUAUGGGAGAAAUCGGAGGACGUGGCCUCUAAAAUCCUCUUCCAGAUCGAGAGCCAGAUGCACCGAUGCCCCUUCACCCUUGGACUGGGCGAGCCCAACCUCGCCGGAAAGCCCGUCCUCGAGUACGAUAUCGUCGUCCGGCCUUCGGAUCUGCACUCCCUCAAGAAAAGCCCGAUGGAGUCCAAGAAUCAAGAGAACCAGACGGUCUUCACCGCCCACCAGAUUCUGGAAUCGUGGAUCUUCGCCGCCCGGGAGCUGUUGGAACGGAUAGGAGAGAGGAUGGAGGGGAAGGAUUGGGAGAAAGCGGCGAGCGAUUGCUGGCUCCUGGAGCGGGUGUGGAAGCUUCUGGCGGAGGUGGAGGACCUCCACCUGCUGAUGGACCCGAACGACUUCCUCCGCCUCAAGAGCCAGCUCCGGAUCCGCGCCGCCUCCGGAUCGGAGGCGUUCUGCUUCCGGUCGAGCGCUCUGCUCCGUGUCACGAGUGGCUCCAGGGAUCUGAAGCGAAUGGUGCCAUGGAUUCUCGGGGUGGAGGUGGACCCCAGCGGCGGGCCCCGGGUUCAGGAAGCGGCCAUGAGGUUGUUCCACAGCCGGAGGAGGGGCGAGGAUGGGAGGAUCGGUCUGCUGCAGGCGCUUUUGGCGAUCGAAGCGGCGGUGAAGAGGUUCUUCUUCGCAUACCGGCAGUUGAUCGUGGCCGUCGUUGGGAGCUUGGAGGCGAGCUGCAACCAAGCCCUGUCCCUGCCGUCGGAGUCGUUGGAUUCGCUAUCGCACAUGUUCUUGGAGCCGCCCUAUUUCCCGAGCCUGGAUGCGGCUAAGGCGUUCUUGGGGAGCUUCUGGGUAACUUCUGGGGCGGAUCGGAUAGCUGAUCGUGAAUGAGGUGGGGGCAGCUCAAGGUGAGAGCUUACAUGGCGCCGGUCUGGUGUGUUAUCAUAGUGCUAGCUCAGAUCAUCCGAUACGUAUUUAUUCAUACCUUCGUAUUACCAUUGAUGUCUGUAUAUCAGUUUGCGGAGUCGAAUUCUUGAUUAGAUCAUGAUGGUGCCACUUGGAUGGCUUGGAUAUUGUAUCCUUGAUUCAGGACCAAAGGUUGAUCCUCUAAUUCAUCAACAACCAGUGGUGCUGUUCAAGAAGUUUUAUGUACUCGUGUCGAUUACCGUGAUUCAAACGAUUCAAUGCAUUCUUUCUCCGGAACUCUCUCCGUUUUUUCCCCA